GCUUGCAUUUCCAAGCGUCAGAAGGCAUCCUCUGGACACCAGAUUCACAAUUUACAGGUUGUGCGACUAUGGGAUAGCGUUAAGGAAGCGCGGCUAGUAAAGAAAAAAAGGUGACACGAUGCGUCAUGCGAGCCACAUGUUGGGAUAUCUUUGAGGAAAGAAAAGUCUGUCCGCGACUUGACACGGGGAUGUGGAAUCGGACCGUUUUGUCUGUUUGCCCCUAAAGUUAAGCCAUAGUUAUGUAUGUAGAGCUCAUCUUCGCGCUCUAAAGGUGCUGGUUGCCAAUAGUAUCAUUCUUCUGGAUUCCAGUGGCAUCAGGCAUACAUUCCUUUUGUACUUGAGGGACAGCAUGAGAAGGCAUCAAUUUAUUUGGCUCUUACAGCAGUUUUCAGUCAUUAAAUUCAAGUAGCAUCUUUGUUUCAAGAGGAAUUAAACAACUUUAAUAUGUUUAAGUUUAGAAGAAAAGCAAACAGAAUCCUGUUGCAUGAUUAGGACUUUGAACCCUAACCUGGUGCUCUGUGGUUUCUCAACUAGAUAGUGGUUGGCUUUGAUUUGGGUGUUUUUAUUUAAGAAACCAUGCCUACCCACCCUUUAUUAGCCUAUGUAGAAAGCCCUGAUGGGCUUGAUCAAGACUCUUUGACAAGCACAAGUGCUAACAUGCCAGGAUCUGGCUCUAGUAUGACCUUACAUAUGAACGUUCAUGAAAAGAGUUUGCCCGAGGUGGAAAGCUGCAUGCCUUUGGAUUGCAUGUUUUGUGAAAAAACCUUCAAACAUCAGGAGGAGCUAGGCAGUCAUGUGUUAACACAGCAUCGUACAACACUUUGUGAACCUGCUGUCCUGCGAGUGGAGGCAGAGUUACUGAGUGCAAGAGAGAAUGGUAACUUAGAAGUCAAGCCAUCAGUACAUGAUGAUAAAGAUGAGUUCAGCUGUGAGGUGUGUGCCAUGGUCCUAGAGGAUGCUACAGAACUGGAGGCUCACAUGAGAAAGCACAAAGACUCCUUCACAUACAGCUGCAAUGUGUGUGGCAGACGCUUUAAAGAACCCUGGUUCCUGAAAAACCACAUGAGGACACACUCAGGUAAACCUGGAUCUCGUAACAAGCCUCAACAGGAUGUGGAGCUUCCUGCAUUUAUCAACAAUGUCAUUCAGGACUCUAUCAUAUCAAGUGUGAGUUCUCCCUAUAAAAUGUGCAUGGUUUGUGGGUUCCUGUUUUCCAGUAAGGAGAUUUUAAUGGAACACAGCAAGGUACACACUAGGGAAUUGGAGCCUAAUGAUGAGGAUGACAGAGCUGUUGAAGGACAACUUAUCACAGGGCAGCCGUUCUCACAGGAGUCCUUUCUUCAUUUCCUUAAUUUGCGUCCCCAUACUUCAGAAGUACAACACAGAGAAGAAAAAUCUGCCAAAUGGAUUGUGCAGCUUGACCCAUUUAAUACAUACCAAGCCUGGCAGCUUGCAACCAAAGGUAAGGUUGCUGUAGGGCCAGGGCAAUCCAAAGAGCCUGGUCAGGAAGUUUACACUGACAAUGAAGAUUCCUCCUCUGAUAAAGAAGAACUGAAUGAAAUUUGGUCUGCCGAAAAAAGUUACAAACCAAUUAAGGAAGGCUUUUCAGGUGUAGGUAGAGUUAAGCAUAGUAGCGGAGAUCCACUUUCCCCUGAGCUUGAUGGAAAGCUGUUGCAUGGCAAGGACAAACCUACUCAGUGCAGUGAAUGUGGAAAAAUGUUUAGAACCUAUCACCAACUUGUGCUGCAUUCCAGGAUACACAGGAAGGAGCGGGGUGGUGCUGAGAGCCCAACUGUCUCAAUUGAUGGAAAACCUCUGAGCAUUAGCUGUGUGGAAAGUGGAGUGGACAGAGCUGAAGAGGGUUCAGAAGAUGGUUCAGAAGAAGGCAACCAUGGUGAAGCAUUUAAUUCAGAUAAAAGUGAAGAUGGUUCUGAAAAAGGGAAAGGCAAAAACUUUGGUUCUUCACGAGAAUGCAGUUACUGUGGAAAGACUUUCCGUUCAAACUAUUACCUCAACAUUCAUCUCAGGACACACACAGGUGAAAAACCUUAUAAAUGUGAAUUUUGCGAUUAUGCUGCGGCUCAGAAAACAUCCCUUCGAUACCACUUAGAGAGACAUCACAAGGACAAGCAGUUGGAUAAUGAACUGACUUCUAAGCCUUUGUUACUACCAGAGGGCCAUCCACCAUCUUUAGAUAAAUCUCAUCUAGAACUGGCAAGCACAAAAAGCAGUACAAAGAUUCUUGAUGUUAACCAUAAUACGAAACAAGCCAAGCAGAUGUGGAUUCCUUCCAGUAAGGUUUUUGAUAAAGCUCCUCACAGCAGUUUGGCAAAUGCUGCAGAUGCCAAAAAAACAUCUACUGUUAGUCCUUCCUCCUGUGUUAAAUGGAGUCCGCAAGUAAAAGAACAAAGGGCAGAUUGUCUACUUGUGCCAAGUGAUGCUACUGCAGAACAUUCCAGCCAAAAUACUGGGGAUUCUACACAGUUAAAAUGCAAAAAUGAAGAACCCAUAUGCUCAGAACAACAUCCAGAGACUCCAUUAAACCUGUCGUUGAAAGUUUCACUUACUCUUUCCUCUACCUCAAUUCCCAAGAGUGCUUUACCUGUAAAUACAUGCUUAUCUUGCACUUUUAAAACCUUCCAUCCAGAGGUUCUUCUGAUGCACCAGAAACUGAUGCAUAAAGCCAAACUUGAAAGUAUCAACAGGAACAAACUAAGGGCUACUGGAGGGGCAGUCAGACAAAAAAGAUUUACUGGCUGCCCACCUGCCUUGGAAGGAAAAGACGUGUCACCAUUGCCUUCCAUUUAUAGAAGCUAUCCCCGCAGGACCAAGUCUCCUCCUUGCCAGCAGCCAAAGGUGCAGAGCAAACCAACUCUACCUCAUUUGUCUCAGACUACUGUACACUUGCCUGAAAGAGAGACUAAGAAAAUGAGAGUCGACUCUUCCUCAAAUAUAUGCCCCCCUCGGGCAGAUGUAAAACGAAGCCCUUCUCAGCAUUCUCGAGAUGGUGAAUCUCAAGGGAAAAGAGAGAACUACCUCCCAGUUAGAUCAAAUUUCUCAGAUUGUGAAGGACGUGGUCAGUGGCCUCAAAGUGCUAAAAAUGGAGUUACAUGGAAAAGUGACUAUCUGAGGGCUGGUCCCUCAAGUGUUCUUGCAAAUUCUGCUUGUGUGGAUUUUGGAGAGCCAUCAAAUAAAAGAUUCAAGAGUUCUGGACUGGUAAAUCCUUUGCAAACCUCCUCUGAACUUAAAAACUCCAGAAUUGGUGAUAACUAUGGCAGAUUGGUAGUAUCUGGGAGGAACAUGCGAGUAUCUCCUCAUGAGAGUUUACCUUCAAAAAGGGCUACAUCUGGUUCUCCACUGAAGACAUCCUUAGCAUCUUCUAAUGUGAGUGAUCAAGACUGGAAUGUUCUAAGUAUUCUCAGGUCCUACAGCCCCAGUGACCUAGCAUCUUUAUACAGUUCAAAUUCUGCCAGCACAAGCCAAGUCUCCACAGCAGGAGUAGAAGGGAACAGACCUUUACAGUAUUUGCACUAUUCAAGCAGUGUCCUACAGAAGAGGAGCAACCCAGGCUCAGUGAAUAACACCUAUUGUGCACCAGCAGACAAAAAAACGAUUUGAAUUCUGUGAAGGUUAGCUGCAGACAUAAUUAUCUUCACACAAAAUAUGGAAAUAAAACUUGAAGCUGCUGCAAUAAGCUGUAUGAUAAAGACUGGAAACACUACUGUUAUAGUGUUGCUUAUGUGAAAAGCCAUGAUACGCAUGAUGCUUUCGAAUUGUGUCUUUGUAUAAGUAAGGCUUCACAACGAAAAUGUUUAAUGGCAGUUUACAUAAGGAAUGGUGUUGGUUUAAGGGAAAGCCACAUGUAUUGACUUUCAUUCAGCAAAAAUAGUGAUAUUGUCAAAACAUAUAUGUACAAGUCCCACUGGAAAUUUUUAAAAUCAUUUAUAAAGAAAUAUGAAAACAA